AUGGCGUUGAAUAUCGGCUUUAUGUGCAUUUGCGUUAUAUUUAUUGGACAUUCAGUGUCAGCGUUAACGGCUUCGUUCAACAUGACCGAAUAUUACAAGCUUCCCAAACUGUACAAAUAUGACGAUUACGAUCGCUGUAUGCUGGAAUUUGACGCUAAAGCCGUGUACUGUCUGAUCGAUACGGUCAUCAAACCGAAUACAACUGCUGCAGUUUGGCCCUUGAUCGAGAAAUUUUCCAACGACACCAAACGCAGCUUCCGGCACGAUCGCAUCCAGCGGGGACUGUGCAUGAAUUGGUGCGAGAAAAUUAUGGACAAGUACGACUAUGAAACCCAGAUGAAGUACUAUUUGGAACCGUUCAACGAAUCCAGUGAAAUCACGUUCGAUCCGAACACCUUUCGGGAAGCGCUGGAUUGGCGAAUUAAGUUCAAACGGUUGGCCAAUCAGUGCGUGAAUUUCGAACUGAAGCGCCAGUACUCGAUCAUGGGCUAUUCAGCGGUGGAGUACUGCGUGAGCAACCAGGAGCACGAUCCGUUGGAUUACUUGGAUAUAAUUUUCCUGGUAGUUGUUGGAUCGAUAAUCCUAGCCGUGGUGCUAUCUUCGUUGUUUGACUACAAACUGAAACGGAAACACUCAUCAAGCAUGAAGAGCAGCGAAUACUACCGAGCACCAAUUCAAAGGGGAUUAUCGCAAAAGUUGGUCCUAUUUUCGCUUCCUCGUAACUGGCAGAUCCUGAUGGUCAAACGUCGAAGCACCCUGUCGAAAGAUCUCCGUUUUAUUCAGAGCGCACGUUUCCUCAUCAUGUAUCUGGUUAUAGCCGGUCAUUGCAUGCUGUUCAACUGCAUUUUUCCGCUGCUGAAUCCGGAGUAUGUGGAAUUUAAUUACCGGCGGACGAUAACGAUGCUGAUUUUCAACGGUAUAACGGUGAUUCAAACCUAUUUCACCAUUAGCGGAUUCCUGCUGGCGGUGCAAUUUGCGGACUAUUGCGAUCGAAAUAAGUCAUUUACCGUGAAGGAUUUCUUUUCCAGUAUCGUGUAUCGCUAUAUGAGAUUAGUUCCACUCUACCUGUUCAUGAUCCUGCUAGACGCAACCUGGCUGUUCAAACUGCAGGACGGUCCUCUGUGGAAGAGAGUUUCCGAAACCGAAAGAACCUUCUGCCGGAACAACUGGUGGGCCAAUUUACUAUUUGUGAACAACUACUUCACCGUUGACGAACCGUGUCUUCAGCAAAGUUGGUACCUCGCCACCGAUUUCCAACUGUUCAUCCUUGGCCUGCUCCUGCUGGUCUUCGUUCGGCGUUUCCCCAAACUGCUGCGGCCCACCCUCACCCUGGCCAUCGUUCUGUCCUACGUGUCACCCGCCCUCGUGACGUAUUUGAACCUCUUCGAGGGGGUGGUAAUGAUACGACCAGAAGCGCUUAAAUACGUCCUCUGGUACGACGAGAGCUACCGCAAAAUGUACAUCCCGACGCACACGAAUUAUGGCAGCUAUUUGGCGGGAUUGAUUGCCGGUUUGACGUACCAUAAACUGAAGCGAAGCGACUUCAAUGUGCGACGACAUAAACCGUUCCUGAUGGUGUGGUACUUGGCCCUGCCGAUGGCCAUUAUGCUGCUGCUGUCCGCAUUCAUGUUUUACGCGUACGACUUUGAGAAGCCGGCCGUCUGGAUAGCGCUUUAUGCUGCCCUCUCCAAGAAUCUGUGGGGGUUGAUUUUCGGAGUGCUGUUCGUGGGGCUGGCAUUCGGUGUGGGGUGGUUCUUAAAGCGACUGCUCAGCAAUCCCAUGUUUAGGCCGCUCGGGAAAAUUACCUACGCAGUUUAUCUGUGCCAUUUGUUCGUGAUAAGGGCGACGUUUGGGAACAUCCGGCAGCCAAUCUAUGUCAGCGAUGUGAGAAUUCUGGUGGCGACUUCCUCGACGUUGGUUCUUUCCUACAUAAUGGGACUGUUGCUGUGCUUGGGAAUAGAGAUUCCUUUCUCGAAUCUACAGAAACAACUGUUUGAUAAGAAGCCGGAAGCUUAUUACGAGGAAAAUGUUGAUCUAGCAAAGAAUGGUGUUCAGACUGUCACGGAAAGCAAUGGAGCUCGAUAG